AUGAUGUCUCUGCGCUUCUCUCAGCGCUCUCGAACAAGACCCACGGCGUCCGCUUCUGGCUUGGUCGCCUCUUGCUACGGAGUGUUCUGCAGGUACCGAGCCAUGCGAUAUGGGUCCCAAUUACGCGUGCGUUCCGCGGGGAAGCCUGUUAGGGAUGUACCUGGGCUGUACUUCGGAUAUGGCUUCAAGCCUCCGUCUGGGGUGGGGGGCCAGCUUAGCGCUGAGAGUCCUUGUGGUCAUCCAGGUCACAGCGCUGGGGCUGGCCUGGGCUGGCUGAGCUGCUCGCCUGUUCGAGGAGUCACCUGGCAGGUCCAGGGCCACAAGUACCCGUUACAUAUUCUUGCCGCUCUUCUAGCUCGUCUUCUCCUCUCUUCUCUGGCGCUAUCAUUUCUUAAUCAUCUGACCACCCCCGAUCUGGGACCCUCGGAUCGAUCAUCUCCUCCUGUCAAGCGCUGGUUUUCGCCUCCUAGGCGGCCCAAACCCCGUCGAGCCCGCACCAAGGCCUUGUGGCGUCGGUACUUUGGCAGUGGUAUCGCUGCUUUAUCUGCGGCCUUGUACCCAAUAGCCAUCCCCGGCUGCGUCUCCAUCUGCAUCAACUGCGCUGCAGCCUCUUGA